UAUCUCUAUGUUUGUCGUUAUCACUAUGUUUCUGUGAUUCUUCUGUUCCAUUCAAUUAAAACCCUGAUGCCAAAACCAACAUCCGUUCAACGUGUCCUGUGCUGCGUAAGUUGUUUUCUCUGUUUCGAUCAAACUUGACCAGUUUGGCGAUUCUGUUGAUUUAAGACAUGUUUGGAGUGUGUUCAUAGGUAAUCGAUUAAGCUUGGAUUUAAUCUACCUGGAACAUCGUUUUUUUUUUUUUUUGAGUUAUUACCCUUCACAAGGUGCCUGUUGUUGUAUUGGACUGUGUCUGGAGAGGAGAACCAAAGAUGUCUUCCGAGAACCUUAUAGAAAUCUUGGAGGAAGGUCACAAAGUCGAUAUACUCAAGUACAUUGAUUAUGUCAGUUCCCCUCAAGCCGGUGCUAUAGCCACAUUCUCAGGCACUACAAGAGACAUGUUCCAAGGCAAAGCAGUCUUGGAGCUAAGGUAUGAAGCAUAUGUGCCAAUGGCCACACGAUGCCUCAGCUCCAUCUGUACAGCCGCUAGAUCAAACUGGGACAUCCACAAGAUUGCUGUUGCUCACCGUCUAGGACCAGUUCCCGUUGGAGAAACCAGCGUCUUCAUCGCUGUCUCGUCUGUUCACCGUGGGGAUGGUUUGGAUGCUUGCAAGUUCUUGAUCGACGAGCUCAAGGCAACGGUUCCUAUAUGGAAGAAAGAGGUGUACAGUAAUGGAGAGGUUUGGAAGGAGAAUAGUGAGUUUCUAGAGAAAAGAGACGGCUUGGUGAAGAAACCUGUGGUUGGAGAACAUAAAAGAAGUUGCUGUGGAAGUAAAGUUAGAGUACAAGAAGAAGAAGAGCAUAAAGACAUAGCAAGAGAUAACAGUUCUUCUUGAUUACUAGUACUUGUAGCAAAGAGCAAUGUUUAGUUUGUCUCUCUCAAUAAGCAAAAUGUCUUAAAACACAUUGUUGAAUCUAAAGACUUUAAAUUCAAAUUUAGUUUGCAAA